UUGACUUGAAGUCAGCACCAAGUGAGAUAAUUAGUCCAGGUAGCCAUGACUGACUGACUGAGUCGAGCAGAUCCCCCAACCAACCCCAAAAAAUCAAAAUGGCUAUGAUGUACGGGGUACUACCCAUUUUCGCUGCCAUUUUAAUAUUGAUCUCUGUGAUUUCCUUCUAUGAUACAAGCUUCAUUCAAAGCCCAUGCGGAACGAUAUUCAACGAUGUUAAAUUUGGAGAUGGGAUUGGGUGUAAUCCCAGUUUCCAAGUAAUAUGUGAAAACAACAAAUCGGUAGUGUACUUCAACUAUGGCGAACAUCAAACCGAGGCCAUUAUAGCUUCUGAUUCAUCCUCAUCCUCCUCCUCCUCUUCAUUUCGUUACAUCAUCACUGGAGUUAGUCCUCAUAACAACUGCCCUACCAUUAAUUCCCUAUCUCUUCCGUAUGAAAACAUCUCCUUCUAUACCUUCUUACCCGAACCAUCAUUGGCUGUUGUGAGAUGUGAAAAACCAGUAGGUUAUCCGGAAGACUAUUGGGAUAUAUCUUCGGAGAGGUGUGGUGGUGAGGAAAAGCAAUACUAUUCUUAUUUUGUUAACGGACGUGAAGACGUGAGUAACAUAGUAGAGUCAUGCAGAGUGGAGAUGAAGGUAAUUAUGAGUAGCUGGGAUGGAAAGCUGAAAUGUAAUAGCAGCAAGUGUGGUUAUCCAGAUGUAUACAGGGAGUAUGUCAACGGAAUUGAGCUUCGUUGGCGACCAAAACGCUGUGAACAGCAUCAGCAAGACAGAGACCGUGACCGGGAAGAGGAACAAUUGUCAUACCCCAGCAUGAUAUACGAUACAGCAAUGGGCGCUCUAUUUUUCUUCAUUCUCUUGCUGCUCUCAUGGACUGCUGUAAAAUUUGUUUUUGGGUCACCAUUCGUGGUUGCGGUCUUGAUAUGUAAAUGGAGAAAAAAACAUUUAUCUAUAGAUGACAUGGUUGAAGAUUUUAUUCAGAGUCACAACAAUUUCAUGCCCAUAAGGUACUCUUACUCUCAAAUUAAAACUAUGACCAAACAUUUCAAACAUAAGUUGGGUGAAGGAGGCUACGGUUCAGUCUAUGAAGGAGUGUCACGAAGCAAACACAAAGUAGCUGUUAAGGUAUUGACCAAGUCUCAAACCAAUGGACAAGACUUCAUCAAUGAAGUUGCAACCAUUGGAAGAAUUCGUCAUGUGAACGUGGUGCAACUGGUUGGAUUCUGUGCUGAAAGAACAAAGCAAGCUCUGGUUUACGAGUUCAUGCCUAAUGGUUCUCUUGAUAAACACAUGUUUUCACAUGAGCAAGGACACUUGUCGUCGUUAAGCUACGAGAAAAUCUACGACAUUUCUCUUGGAAUUUCCCGUGGAAUUCAAUACUUACAUCAAGGUUGUGACAUGCAAAUCAUACACUUUGAUAUAAAACCUCAUAACAUUCUUCUUGACGAGAAUUUUGACCCAAAGAUAUCUGACUUUGGUUUGGCGAAGUUGUACCGAACAGAUCAAAGUAUUUUAACUUUAACAGCGGCAAGAGGAACAAUGGGGUACAUGGCUCCUGAGUUGUUAUACAAGAACAUUGGAAACAUCUCUCACAAAGCUGAUGUUUAUAGUUUUGGAAUGAUGCUAAUGGAAAUGGCAGGUAGAAAAAAGAACAAAAGUUACAUAGAGAAUUAUUGGCAAGACUACUUUGCUAGAUGGGUUUAUGAUCAAUUUGAGGAAACAAUAGAUACAAACAAUGGUACAGAGGAGGAAAAGAAAAUUGCAAUGAAGAUGAUUGUGAUUGCGUUGAAAUGCAUACAAAUGAAACCAGAUGAUCGUCCCUCAAUGAAUGAAGUGAUAGAUAUGCUUGAAGGAGAUGAAGUUCCACAGCACCUUCCACCUGAUCCUCAAUCUCUCUUAACUUGGCAAAGGAUGUCAGUAGAGGAGGUGCAAUCACCAAGUGAGUGAAACUAAUGCUAUUGGUUCCAAUUAUCAUGCAAAAUUGAAGAGUACUAGUAGAUAAGUACUAUUUUUUUUUCCAUGAAUUUUUGCUUCUUUACUUUUAUUAGCAUAUGCUACUUUAGAGGUCAUGUUUAUAGCGUAUAAGGGACAUAUAUCUUGCAUUAAUUAUACGCAAAAGUUGUUCCUA